AUGCAGGACAGGACAGGAUAUGCCUUGGAUCAAAGAAAGGCUUAUGGCAUGCUCAAUCGUUCAAAGCCAAAGGACAUGGACAUGGCCAUGAACAGGAACAUGGAAGGCCCCAUUUGUGUGCAAUGCAUCCUCAAGAUUCCAAGACCGUGUAUGGAUUGUAAAGAGACAAAACCGCUCGACCAGUUUUCCGAGGACCAAUGGCACUACAACCUGCUCUGUGAUGGGCUGACAAUGGAGACAUACCAGUCCAAACCGUUUUCUCGUUGCUUGCCCUGUGAUGUGGUCAAAGCCAAGGAAGACGAGGAAAAGCGCAAAGCAGAAGAGGCCAAAGCAAAGGAAGAAGAGGAACAGCGCAAAGCAGAAGAGGCCAAAUUCAAGGAUUUUAUGUUGAAGCAAAAUCCCAAAGCAGCUUGUGAACAUCCAAUCAUGAGGAAACACAACGUUCACUUUUACGAACUUCCCAAGUUGGACUCUCACCAAUGUGAGCCCAAUAUAGUGGACCCAGAGAGCGUGGUGGGAACCUAUGACAUUAUUUACCAUCGUGGUGUUUGGAUUGGUGGACAAGUUGAAAAUCGGACUACAAAAGGAACCUGUGAGUUCUGGCGGACUACAGAUGAAGACAUUGAAGAAGCGAACGAAGAGGACAAAUGGACUCCUGCUUGGGAUGACAAUAUUUCGGGUCGGAUGGAAUUUGAGAAGGAACUCCGGCUUACACACAAUGCCUGCUUUCAGAGGGACUGCACUUUGGGUUCUUUUGAUGGAUUUGAAUUCGAGACCAGGAUUCUGUAUUAUGCACAGUCGUUCUUGUUUCGAAUUCGCAAACGAGUGGCUUGUCCGUGGAUGAAGUACAGUCGUAUGAAUUCAGUGAGCACAAUAGACAGGAGGGUGACAGAGUUAAGUUUGAGACUCUACUAG